AUGGAAUGGAAUGUUUGUUUAAAUUGACUACAUAAACAGACAAAAUAUCGGAUAUAAUCGAGAAUAAAAAAAUAAUAUAAUUUCUUCUAUAAUUUAUUUGGAUACAAUAGUGCACUAAUAUAUAAAUAUGUAUAUACCAACCGAUUAAGGAUAUUCAAUUGGAUCUGAUUAUUUUUGCUUAAACAACAGAGACAUUUUUUUUUCGCUUUGAACUUCCAAUGGGUAUAGAGCUUGGCUUAGGCUUUCUGGAUAGAAUAACUGGUGCAAGAAAUGGAGCAUUUCAACAUUUGGAGGAUUUUACUGAUCGACUGAAUCAUUUUUUCAGUUGUGCUAUCAUUUUAAUGCUAUCUGGUGUAACAAUGGCAAAUGUUUACUUUCUUAGACCGAUAACAUGUACACUGCCUACAGCACCAGAUAAUAAAUUCAAUGAAUUCGCUGAAUCUGUCUGCUGGGUACGCGGUACUGUAGCUGUACGUGAGAAUGAUGAAACACCGACAAGUUAUGAAGAUUGGGAAAAAUUACGUCAGAAAGCUGAUAUAUCCUUCUAUCAAUGGGUUCCGUUUUGUUUAUCGAUCCAAGCGAUGUUAUUCUUCCUGCCUCAUGUCAUCUGGCAGUCGCUAGCUACACACGUAAUGGGUGAAAAUAUAGAAGCGAUACUAAGCAUGGCGUACAAGGCGAAUUCAGCUGAAGAGAAUACCAAGCGUCAAAAACUUGUCGAGUCAGCUGCUUAUCAUCUAUUCCGAUUGGGACGUCAACAUUUCGAUUAUCGAUCGGGUAGAUGGUCACAACUUCAAAGGAAAAUGUCACGUAUACCUGGUGGAACAUUGUUGAUUGCUGGAAAACGUAUGGGAAAUUGUAUUUCACUAGCAUAUAUUUUUAUAAAAGUCUUAUAUUUAAUAAAUCUUAUUGGACAGCUGAAUAUAAUCUGUACAUUCUUAGGUCAUCAUGGUAAUUUAUUCACCUUUGGUCAACGAUUAAUUCGUACACUGACAUCAAAACACGAGUGGAGUGAAAGUGAAUUUUUCCCGCGUCAAACUUAUUGUCCAGUGAAUGUACGUCAUCUUGGUUCAAAGAAUAAUAUGUUUACUGCAAUCUGUGCAUUGCCUGUAAAUAUGUUCAAUGAAAAAAUCUAUAUAUUUCUAUGGUUAUGGAUUGCUAUUGUCAGUAUACUUACCAGUGGUAGUCUAAUUCUCUGGUUAAUACGUUUAACACUACAAAGUCGUCAAACAGCAUAUAUUCGUAAUUAUUUGAUUGUAUCAAUUCAUUCACAAUUAUUAGAUAUUUAUCAAAAUCAUAGUUUAACUUGUGAUGGAUGUAAUGUCGGUGUAGAGGAUCCACGUAUUGAAAAUUUUAUCAGGGAAUUUGUUAAAAAUGAUGGUUUCUUUAUAUUACGUAUGAUACGUAAUAAUGCUGGUGAUGUAGUCACGGCGGAAAUUUUAAAUCAAUGGUGGCAUAUGUUUGUCAGCUAUCAAAAAGCUCAACUAGAAAAAGAAAGUCAGCAAAAUUUAUUAAAAGAUGAAAAAGCGAAAAUGGAGCAAAAAGAUUAUGAUCCUGAUAAAGUCUAAUGAUAAUUUUAUUGAAAAAUUGAUACAUUGAUUCAUUUAGCGGGUAAUUUGAAUGAGCUGAGAUGGAUUUCCUACAGUUUUGUUUGUUUUUUUUUGAAAAUUUAUAAUCUCUGUCUCUCUCUGUCACAAUUUUUUACAUAAUACCAAAUUGGAAAACAAAGAUUACUAAACGCUCCUCUUGAUUGAUUAUCUGAUUCUUCUUUAACACAAAAUUUAUCCUUAAUUAAAUAAUUUAAAGUAAAAAUGGCGGUUUUUAAAAAAAAUAACAAGUCGUUUAAUUUUUUUCCAAGAGUUUGUUUGUAAGAAUUC